AACAACAGUGUUGGAACAGAGUAACAAUAUAGCAACCGCAAUUUUAUAUAAACAGAAGGUAGAAUCCUUCAGUUGAAGGCAGGCCAAACCAUGGGGAAGUCUCUGUUUUCCUUGCCGAAGCAAAAAGAGGAGCAGGAGAAUCUUAUUAAAAACACAGAGUCUCCUAUUGAGGACAAUAAACAUGACGUGUCACAGUUUCCAUAUGUUGAAUUCACAGGUAGAGACAGCAUCACCUGUCCUACUUGUCAAGGGACGGGGAGGAUACCUAGAGACCUAGAAAACCAACUAGUUGCUCUGAUACCAUACAGUGACCAGAGGCUGAAGCCAAGACGAACGACAUUGUACGUGUCUUUAUCAGUCGUUCUGUGUCUGCUACUUUCUGGUUUGGCUGUAUUCUUCCUGUUCCCUCAAACUAUUGACGUUUCUUAUGUUGGGGUGAAGUCAGCCUACGUCACAUUCGACCGAGACCGGCGGAUAAUUUAUCUAAAUAUCACGAAUACCCUGAACAUCACCAACAAUAAUUACUACUCAAUUAGCGUUGCCAACAUCACAGCACAGGUGCAGUUCUACAAGACUGUUAUCGGAAAGUCUGUUGUCAGCAAUGUCACCACUAUCACCCCCCUGGAUAUGCGUCAGGUUGAUUUCACUGUUCCCACGAUCAUAGCAAAUGAGAUGAGCUACAUAUUUGACUACUGUACCAUGCCGUCAAUUAAAGUGCAUAACAUUGUUGUCAUGAUGCAGAUGACUGUAACUGUCUUGUACUUUGGCCACGCUGAGCAGGUGUCUCUGGAGAAGUACCUGUACGUGGACUGUGGCUCAAACACCACAUCUUCACGUGGACACAUGAGUGUGAUACAGUGACGCCGCUCCGUAUGACCCACAGUCCAUCUUGUUCCCAUGUCGUGAAACAAAAGCCUGUCCGGAGUGUUACAAAUGGCAGAUGAUGAAGUCUGUACUGUAGGGUGACAACAUCAAGAUUGAUCAGGAAGUUUCAGCCAGAGCUCUGAUGUCUUUCUACACCAUCAUUAUCGAUUCUUUAGCACAGCGCUGAAGGUUUUGCUUGGAUAGACAGAAGCACUGUAGUACAUUUUGGGAAAAGGGAUGAUAGCAGCUGAAUAUUUUACAUGGAGCUGCAAACACUCAAACCACUUUGACUACUCAGUUACAAUUGUAUUUUUUCCUGUGCAUUUGUUUUGUAACGGUAAACAGCGUGCUGCAAUUUCCAUUUGAUCAUGCUCAUUUUAUGGUUAUUUAGCUCUUCGCGGAGCAGUAACUCUUGAUUUUUUUUUUUUUGAGUAUGGUGUUCACAUCAACAUGCCAGCUUUCAGAAAUGGAAAUGGAGUUUAUGGAAAUGUUGUAUUAAUUCAUAUUUUGGAUUUUUCCAACCUGUAAGACCUGUCAUUUUUCUGGGAGAAUGAAGGUCUAAACUUACGUUUAAAAAACAACUAAACAAAUAUUUAGUGGGAUGUUCUGAGGUCAUUACAAAGUGGAACAUGAAUCAGGUGUCAUAAAAUAUAUAUUAUAAUAAAUAUAAAUUUACCUCAGCAGGAACCUGUGGAAUACCAUAUAGUUAAGGAAACAUUUAACAAAAAGAAGGAAGGCCAUUCUUUUUUUUUUUAUUAUAAAAAGGACUUCCGUUUAAGAACUAAUUGUUCUUAAAAGCGUUUUUUUGUCACAUUUUAGUCAAAGUUGAGCUUUUUUUUUUUUU